AUGCGACUUUCAUCCGCGUUGGUACCUGCCUCAUCAUGCAGUACUAAACCCGAAAUUCCGGAAAAGCUGCGUAUAGUUUUGGAAUUUGUGGCCAAACACAAGGGGCAAUCGUUAAAUGACGUGCUAUAUCAAGGCCCGGACACCACCACGAAUUUAGUGGGUAUACUUUUGCGAUUCCGAAAAGAACGUGUAGCUGUUACAGCCGACAUAGAAGAAAUGAUCAUGCAAGUGAAAGUGCCAAAAACGUGA